AUGCCAUACCUCGUUCGCCUAUUGGAUGUGGCCAGGGAGGUUGGUUCAGUGCUGAAUCCCUGGGCCCUCAACACCACCUACCUGCAAGAAAAUCGCACUGCUUGGGAGGCAUGGGCCGACUGGGCCACGUUGUACUAUGAGCAGGCGACGGCUGUGGGAGAAGGCUGGUAUGUGUGGGCAAGCACGUGGAGCAGCACACCCCAGGGCUCUCGAAAGGGGCUGUCGUGGGAUGGUGGCCUGUUCUCCUGGACACCAUCAUCGGCAUCGUCGGGUGGACUUUGUUUGGCAACGCUUGGCCUGGAGUUCGGACAGGGUGCCAACGUGGGCACUUUGGUCUACUGGGCACAACGAGCUGCCGGAGGAGUUCCAGAAGGAACAGGGGCAAGCUUCAUCGGACCAGGCGCAGGGAGGAUACCGGAGACCUCGGACCUUCGGAACUUCAAGAAGGUGGGCGGCUCAGACAAAUGGGUCCAUUUGUGCCGCUCUCUUCAAUGCGGAGAGGAGGGCCAACACUUCAAGGAGUACGCCUUGGCCAAGGAGUUCGACGCUGAAAAGUUUCAGCUUCGUGGCGCGGAGCUGGGCGCAGCAGAGGCCGGCAAGACUCUCUGGACAUGGUUUUGGGCCGCCAAGGCUUCGCCGCCCGCAAAGCGAGUUUUCAAUUUUGGUUCGGAGUCGGAGCCAGAGGAGGCAGUCAAGUGUGCCGGUCACCAGGUCCGGUGGUCGGACAAUGAUCAAGAUCAUGUGCUGUGUCGUGGGCCUUGCGGCAGCUCCGGCGCCAACCCGUACACCUUGCUUGAGGAGGAUGCUGUGAAGGAUUGUUCAGUCGUGGCACUCUGCCCCAAGCAUGCCCUGGACUAUGAGAAGAAGAGAAGAGAUCUUCUUCGAGGAAGCGCUCACCGGCGAGAACGGUUGCUCUACCUGAAGGCGGCGAUCCUGAAGAACCAGAACUUCCACCUCCUCGUGACGACGGACACCGAGCCCUACGGGAUCUGCGGCAGAUUUUUGGACGAUGUCAAGGGCGAGGACGCCAGGGCGACGAGACCUCGUUUAAGGUCUCCCGGGAGCACCCCGAAGUCAAGCAUUCAGCGGAACUUGGCGAAGCUCGGUUUGUUGGAUUCCCCCAGUCGCCCGGAGCCUUUGCCUUUGUUGGAGGAUUUCUUUCAACAGUAUGCCGAGGGCCGAGACCUUGGACUUUCGGAGGAGGAGGUUCGGCAAAACCUGGCUUCAGAGCGGUCGCUGACUUUGACACAGGUGACCACGGAACUUCUUCAGGAAGCGGGCAGCGGUUUCAUCUGCACCGUCUUCGGCCCGGACUACUCCUGCUUCUUGGGAGGUUGUCGAACCGGUCGUGUCCGAGAAGUCCUUUGCUUCGACACCACCGACCACACCCUUGAAGAUCAGCAACCCGGGCAUCUACGGCCUGGACGACCGGAAGGCAGGGGCAGCAGAGCUGCAGGGCAGAUGGAUGACAUUGCCCGGGCCAUCCAGUCCCAGACUGCGGAGAUUGCCUCCUUGGUGAAGAACCACACGGACGCCAAUGCAGUGCCGGCCGGGGCCGUCAAAGGGCUGAAAAGGGCUUCUGAAGAGUUGGUCUUCCUUUUGAGGGCGUGCGACCAAUAUCAGGUGACCAUCGGUGCGGGAGAGCAGGGCCAAGCACUUGCCAACGCAUUGUUGUCUGCUCAGGUUGGUGCCUCCACGCGUUUGAGGAAGGCGGGCUUCAAGCAGAAAGUGACGACCCGUCUGGCAGUGGGCCUCGCUGGGCCGUACUGGGGCACGCAGGAGAAGCAUGCUUUGAUGGUGGCCGACUUUGUGGCGCGCGCCGACGCCGAGCUGGACGCGUUCGUGCAGGAGCUCCGGACCAACAGGCCUGGGCACGAUCAACGACCUGCUCCGCCCAACAAGAUUGAGGACUGGGAAGCAAGGGUGCGGCGUCAAAAUGAUGUUUGGUCUCUGGUCUAUGGCGCUGAGUGGAAGCCGGACAUCAAGUUCUACGCCCUCCUACCGAAUGUGGAGGGCAAGGCUUGGCUGGAACUGCCCCGCACUUUCGAUCUGAAGAACCCUGAUGGAUGGUUCAUGGCGGAGGUUCUGCCUAGGAUCGAACGUCGACAGGAACGGAUUCUCUGGCGGCUCACGUGGGAAGGCGGUCGUGGAGCAAAGCAACAGAACUUGGUCCAUGCUGGUGGUGGCGAGCCCGAGAAGAAGGACAAGCCAACGCAGGGAAAUUUGUGGGGGCCCAAGCUGACGACGGAAGAGGUGAACAAGGCCAAGGAGAGGGCGCCAACUGACAAAGAUGGAACGCUUCUGUGCUGGGGUGCGCUCACUCACAUGGGCUGCAACACGUCAGCUUGUCAAAGGUCGCAUGCAGAUCUCCAAGGUCGCUGGGAAGCUUUGGACCCUUGCGUACGCGUGCAACUUCUUCGGCGAGGUGGCCUUCGACGCAUGAAGAUGGAGACGAAGGACUCAGUCACGACGAAGGUGAAAGCCAUUCGCGCUGAAAUGGCUAAGGACAAGGCUGACAAGGUUGCAGAUGGCCGGAAGUCGGGGCAAGCCGCCACACAGGCAACGUCCGAAGGACAGGGCGAGACUCGGGCCGGAGGAGACAAAGUGGUGCGGGUGUGGGACAUCCCUGACAAGUUUGAGGCGGUCGACUUCACGGCAGCGGAGCACGACAUGCGGGACAAGCUGAAGGGCCCGGACGUGCGAUGGUUGGUUAGCCGAAGCCCGGGGGAGAAAGUGUUGCUGGAGGCCACAGGCGAGACAGCGCCGGAGGAGGCGAAGGAUUUCGUUCAGCGAGCUCAGAACUUGGCGUCGGGCCCGGUGCUCAGUAAGCUGGAGGGGGCGUCGGACGACCUAUAUGCUUGGGCAGCGGCACGGGUGGCACGAAGACCAAGCGCGUGCUUUGAGGAGGUUUUGUCCGAGAUGGCGACCUAUGGCCUGGGCGAGAUGGUGGAGGAGGCCACCAUCCUUCUCGAGAAGGCCCUUGGGACGAAGGCGGGUUCAACCGGCACGCUGCAGGUGAUGGAUACCGUGUGGGAACCGGGUCAGCCAGGCAAGGGGGUGGCCAUUGUUGAAGGGCAGCACUGGACUAUAUGGGACUUCAAGGAGGAGAUCCCCAUGUCUGAAGAGUUGGCGGCCCUUCUUGAACAAGCCGAAGCGGGGGUCGAGAAGAGGCAGUGCGUCGCGAAGGCGAUCGCGGCCGGGAUCCUGUGGAGGAUGAAUGCGAGGCGACCUACCAUGGACGAGGUGGCCAUGAAGGCAGCGGAACUUCGGCUGGGCCAAGCGCGCCAAGCGGUGGAGGCCAAAGGGGCUAUGGGCGAGGCUGAGAACCGCGUGGCACCAUUGAGGCGGAGAUCCGCGUUUACACGCAUGACAUGA